GUUUUAAAAUAAUGCAGAAAUUUUUAGAUGGAUUUUAGCAGUGCAUGCAUUUGGGAUGCUUAAAUUAGGUCGAGUCGAGUUGGUAGAAGAGAAUUUAUCUUGCCUAGAAGAGAAAAAUUGUGGAGCAGGGUGAUUGAAAUGUAUUUAGCACCGAGUUAUGUAUUUGAAGCAGCCUCGGUUAUAGGAUUGUUUCAGAUUUUUGUACUCAGUUUAAAUCAUGUUUAGUUGUGUUUAGCAUAGUUGCAUUGGCCAAAGAUAAACUUAGACUAAUAUGGAAGUUUGCCAGAAAUGUGGCGAUAGAGGCAGUAUAAAACAGCUAGUAUACUGUGUCAAAUGUGAGGUUUCUGCAGAGCAUAGCUAUUGUUUGGACAUGUUACCCAGUGAAGGUGAUGAAAAUGCUCCCUGGAAAUGUGAGGAAUGUUGUCCAAGAUAUGUGAAGCGUAGUCCUACUCGGUUUCUUAAAAGUGCACGCAUUAGUCAAGCUGUUGAAAUUAGGUUGAAUAGGAUCAAGAUGCGGAAGCAAGCCAGUUUUUCCAAAGUAUAUGCACAUGUUAACAAGGGUGCAGAUGUGGAAGAGCCGACAGGUGAUUGUUUCCCCCAAAAAAAGAUCGAGAUGCUUCCCCAUGUUAACAAGGAUGCAGAUGUGAGAGAGCCGACAGGUGAUUGUUCCCCCAAUAAAGAGAUCGUAAUGCUUCCCUCUUCUCGUGAUGGUUCCCCAUUAAAAGAGUUUGAAAGGCAUCCCGCUUCUUCUCCUAGUCUUGGAAAGGAAGAGUUCAAAAAGCGAAAAAGGAGGUUGGUCCUUGAUGAUGGCAACUCUGAUGAGGAAUUUGAACUGAUAAAACAGUCUGAAGUUUCUCCUCCUCAUUUGAAUCCUUCCGUUGGUGAUCAUUCACCAGAAAUUGUACACAUGUCCUAUUCCGAAGCAAGCAAUUAUCUCCAUGCUGAACCUAGAAGUGAUCCAAUUUGGAGGGGAGGCUUGAGUAUCAGAAAUGAGAAAAGUCCUGCUAUUGAACUUGUGGCCCAUUUAUCAAGUAAAGCUUGCGGAAAAGCAGGUGAUGCAGCAAAACAACUGCCGUUGCAGCUGAACAUGUCAUUUUUUUCCAAGUCUGAUGUAUGGCCUCAGCAGUUUGAGAGAGCACCACCCUCCGAUGAUCAUAUUGCUCUUUAUUUUUUUCCUGCAAAUGAAAGGGAUGAAAAAGUUUUCGACAACCUCAUAAAUCAUAUAAUCACCCAUGACCAAGCUCUCCAGACAACAGCAAACAAGGUGGAGCUGUUGAUCUUCUCUUCUCGCGAACUGCCCCCAGAUCACUGGCGAUUCUGCUUGAAGUAUUACCUAUGGGGCGUGUUUAAACCAACAAAAAAAGCUUUGCCAGAUAUUUCUGUUCCAAAUUUUCAAUGACCCUCGGCCUUAAAGCAGCCUUCUAAUUCAACAAGGACCUAACUUGGCAAUCGGCAAUCGGCAUCCACAUUUUGUCUGUAAGUACUAGUUACUAGUUUUGUGUCUAAUCCAUGAGGCUUUUGAUAGCAUGGAUUGGUGUGACGAUGAGCUAUAUGUAGUUAGGUUUGGAAGAAGUAUAGCAUGAUAACAAAUAUAGGAAAUCUCAUUUUGUUAGACAUGCUAAAUAUAGUUUACUAUUGUAGCAAAAGCAGAAUGAAGCGACCCUUAUGAAAUUAUUAAAGGGUCAGUCUUUAGGAUAAUUACUAUCACCCAUUGAGGUUAAUGUUAAAAUUAAUGUUUUUAUAUCA